CAUGACUUGGCCGAGCUGGCUCGCAUGUCUCUGCGACCUCUGGCAGUCAAAUCCUGAGAAGCAGGGCAUCCUCGAGUGCUCACCAUCGUCAGGUCCCUUCCUCUCACCCCCGAUCUCGACCCAGCCGCAGUUUCGCACUCGCCCAAUCGAGUACCUCUACAGUUUGCUCGCACCAGCACAGCCCCCGCCUUAUGGCACGGGGCAGCUGCACCACGACGCGGCGAGCAUCAGUUCGGCACCCUCCAUCAUCGAGCAGGCCGAUGCCCGGCACAAGGAGCGCAAGGAGCGCCAACGCAUCGAGGCCGAAAGUCGAGACAAGACCAAUGCCGCUAGGAACAAGAUUACUAGCGCCUACGGCAGUCGCAUGCUCAAGGUCGGCCUCGUGGCUCAUCACUCGGUGCCUCCAACACCCCGCAGCCCCGAUAUCACCGAGACCUCCCCCCUUUGCGUCCCAUCACCCUCACAUCCCGUUUCGGACGAGGCCCAUGCCACACCCUUGCAAGGCCGCGUGGACCCACGCUCACCUACACACCUGAGCUAUGGCACCUUUGGGACGUUUGUACCUCCAACGCCCACCACCGAAUCCGGAUAUCCCGGUCUCGGGAUCGGCUUCCCCGUCGGUGCUCCGCCUGCGGCGCCCAAGAUGCGCCGGCCAGUGCGGCCCCUCAAUGGCCUCACCGUCCAGGUGCCGGCUGUGCCCCUCGAGAGCGUGCGCCGACACGUCGCCGAGAUGCUCUUCAACAUUCGGGGAGACGACACGGACGAGUCGUCGCGCCCCACCUCUCCACUCAUGCGCACCGACAGCCGCUACUCGAUUGACAGCCGGCGCAGCCGUCCCUCCAUUGACUCGCCCACCUCCCUCCGCUUCCCCGGCGUCGUUGUCACCCCUGCCGACAGCGAGGACACGUCCGCUGUCACUUCGGCCAAUACCUCCCACAUCGCACUCACCCCCACCACUCCCAAAACACCCGCCACGCCGGCCUCCGGCCCAUAUUUCGCCAACCACCACCACCACCCCAGCACCGUACCACCCCUCGCCACCGCAAAGUACCGGCGCCACUCGAACGAGACUCCGCUCGGGCGCGCGUACCGCCUCUCACGGGAUGAGACGCCUCGCCCGCGCCGCAUUGAACGUACGCGCUCUGAUACGCCGCCGCGCGGCAGACAGCGUGCGCGCGGCGGCCCCCGUCCUCGUCGGGACUCGAUUUCCACACACACCGAGGACACCGAGGACGGCGUCGUGUACAAGCAGAUCGGGCUGAGCGGCCUGCCCGGCCGUAAGCGUGUUGUCCACCGUAAGAAGGCACGCUUCGAGGAGUAGCAAAGACGAUCUAAGAUGAGAUGAUCGGGGAAGCGAGAAAGAAGUCAAUCAGCAGCCAAAGAAGAAACAAGCAAAAACAUCAUCAUCAUGUGUGUCCGCUUCUCAGACGUAUCCCUAGCCUUGUGAGACAUAACCAUUCACACAUCCACCACUUUCCGCUCAGCGCAAUGCCCCAGGCAUGUAGAUUACGCCCGAUGCAGGACGCCGCUUGUAGUAUUGACAUGCAUAGCUCUCCGUGUAA